CGGAGAAUAGUCUGUUGUUUGUUUGAGUCAAACCGUAGAAGAAGAGGUGAGGCGCUGCGGGUAAAAUCAAAAUGUCUGCACCGAAAACCAUCCCCAAAGAUGCUCAGGUAACGCAACUGUAUCUAUUUAAGACUGAGUUUCACUUCAGCAUAAAUCGAUCUUGUUUACUCUCUGUGUAACUGAGUUGGUUGAUAUCAAUAAAACGCAUUUGUGUUCGCCUCUGUAAACCUGCAGACGUUAGUUAGCAUUGCGGCUCUGUUCAAAACAGUAGCCGCUAGCUAACACAUUAGCCUAGCUUUUAGCGGGUAGCUAGUGUAAACACGGCGUUUGACUCCCUAUUUGGUGCGAAGUUUACCUAUGUUAACUUUUCAAACCAAUUUACAUGUAUUUAUGUCAAUUUUAGGUGGCGUUUGAGCUCUUUUGGUUGGAGUAUUUGACACCAAAACAUCGUAAAUUUACACCAGAGAGGGGAGGAUAAUCCGGAGGUGUUGUGGAGAGACGAGCUACCGUGUUUAAAUCCGUACUUCCGCUCUACGCUAAUCACCUGUUAUGAGUCCGUUAUUUCACUGGUACUGGUUUUAGAAGUUUAAUAACAGUCUAAAAUGACGUACUGCUGUCAGAGUUAUAGAUUUGAGUCGUUAUUAAAGAAGUAAAAAUUAACCUUAAAUAUUAAAAAUAACAACAAUAAUAAUAAUGCUGUUGGGUAACGAAGGCAAAAACAUUGAUGCUUCAGUAAAUAUUGAAGGUAUUGAAAUUAAUAGAGUAAAAGAAAUACAAAUUUUAGGUGUACACAGUACUACACAGACAUAACAAAACUCAGCGAUAACCCCAAAUGUCAUCAAUAACUAAUAACUAUUGACUGAUAUUAAAAGCUUUUUUGUACAUACACCACAAAAAAAGAUGCUUCUUUAACGGAUUCCUGCCCACCCCACCUUUAUUGUGUAACUUUUAAGAACACCCGCUUCGUCUUUAAAACGUGGUUUUUAAUAUAGUCGUAAAAAAUCACGGCUGUGAUUAAAUUAUGAUGUCCCUUUCUCCUGAUGUCAUUGUAACGUGAUUACCUGUGUGUGUUUCAGGUGAUGAUCCAGAUCCUGAAGGACAUGGGCAUCACGGAGUACGAGCCCAGAGUCAUCAACCAGAUGUUAGAGUUCACCUACAGUAAGACCACAUCACCUUUAAAUCAUGUACACGAUGAUCUUUGUCUAGUUUGUUCUUGUUGUACAGAAGCUUGAUCGUCAAAUCACUCAGCUGCUGCUUCUUUAAUCAGGAUAUGUGACAACUAUAAUUGAGGACGCCAAAAUCUACUCCACACACGCCAAGAAGUCCACCGUGGAUGCUGAUGACAUCAAACUGGCGAUUCAGUGUCGUAUGGACCAGUCGUUUACCUCCCCGCCUCCUCGAGACGUAAGCCUCCGCCCUGUUUUGAAGCACCUCUGAGCUGAUGUUCAUGUGCCUGUGAUUCUGUCGUUUACCCUCCUUCCUUUAUUUUCAGUUUUUGUUGGAGGUGGCGCGACAAAAGAACCAGACUCCACUCCCUCUGAUCAAACCAUACACCGGACCACGACUUCCUCCGGACCGCUACUGUCUGACGGCGCCAAACUACAGACUCAAAUCUGUGCAGAAGAAGGUGAGAACAACUCAAAUUUCACCGUUGUCUUUGUUUUUUGGCCUGACGUAACUUCAUGAUUUGUUUGUUUUUUCUCAUUCCAGGUGUUGUCAUCAGCAAGUAGGAUAUCAGUGCCACGCCUCAGCGUUGGCGCCGUCUCCAGCAGGCCGAGCACGCCAACCCUUGGUGAGUCUGUCAUCAUGUAGCACAGUUAAAGGGAUAUUCUGGCAUAAAAUUAAUUUAUGGUCAAACACACGGUAACACAGAGUUAGACACCCCCUCAAGAGAUGAAUGUUGCCGACCGCUUGCUUCCCUACUUAUACCAACUUUAGUAACGACCACAGAGAGCCACGCACUUAACCAAAACGCCACUCUAUAGCCACAAAUAAUGCUCAGAACAGCGCCUAACUUCAUCAACAGGACAUAUAGGGUCCCAGCCAUAGUACUAGCCACCAAACAUCUUUUUAACUUUGACUAAUUUCUUUAGCCUUUGACCUGAACACAGGCUCAAAGAAAUCUUGGCUAGAGGUCGUUUAUCUUUAAUCACUCCAGCCAUCUCUGACCGCCUGAAAAGGUGUCCGUCCCACCAAGAGAUGCUUCACCGCUUAAGGAUAAAUCCUGAUGAGCUUCCAAGAAGAAACAAAUACCAUAAAAACAGUUUCCUAAAAGUUUAAAUAUUCAUGUGAGAUCUGGUUUUAAAUUAGAUAAACGCUAAGGCUGCACAAUAUAUCGUUUGAGCAUCGUCAUUGCUAUGUACGUGUGCGGGAUAGUCACAUUACAGAGCCUAUCAGACUACCCUACCAGCCGUCAAUCAAAAUCAGAGAGUUUCACGACUUUCCAGUAGGAGGAAACCACGCCCCUGCACAUGGAGUGAGUCGCUGGUGCUGCGGAUGUUGUGCUGAGAAAUGCAUACCCACUGAGAAUCACUUUGGGAGCAUAACUCAUCACUGUUAAGCCCCACAAAUAAGAAUUGUAUGGGGUUUAAAUUUUACAUUUACAUGGACCACUCUACUGUAAGCGGUGCAUGUUUUGCGAGGUGGAUGCAAUUCUCGGCGGACGUGCGUUUCCCGGCACAACACUGGUAACAACAACGAUUGCAAAAUGAGAAACGAACAAGAGAAAACCACCGAAAUUGAAGACUUGUUGCUAAAAAGAAAAGGAAAGUCAGUUAUCUGGAAUUAUUUCGGUUACAAGAAGGAUGAUGUCGACCAAAACACCUGCCUUGCUUCAAUAAAAGAAAGCUAAAAAUAUCGCUAAGACAGACAGAAGCCAUUCUACUAAAGAGGUAAGAUCGGUGCAGGUUAACUGUCAACAAGAUUUCAGCAUAAAGUGAUAUUCAGGUCAUCUGGUGAAAAUUCCUCUAUUUUUUAAUAUUGUAAUAUACAUCUUAGGGUUGAAAAAAAUUGCAAUUUUAGUUUGUUGUUUUCUUUCACAGGGACUCCAUCUGUUCAGUCCAUCACCACUAAAGUUGGCACUCCAGUGUCCGUGACAGGUCAAAGGUUCACGGUACAGAUCCCACCACCUUCUCAGACGGCCACCACCAAAACCAGUAAGAACCUCCGUGUCAUUUAUCUCAACCCUGACACUGUUUCACCAAUCAUAAAAAUGACAGUGGCUGUAACCCAUGCUGCUUCUUCUAACCUCCACCAGCGACGCCAUCCACGCCCGCCGUCCCCAAUGUCCUCAUCAACCCGUCUCUGAUUGGCUCCAAGAACAUCCUCAUCACCACCAACAUGGUGUCUCAGAACGCCGGAGGAGAGUCGCUGAAGAGGAAGCAUGAAGACGAGGACGACUACGACGCUCUAUGACGACCAGACUGAACAACGCUGCCUUUUUUUUUUUUAAAUAACCCGACAAACAUAGACCCCACAAACUGAUCCAGAUCACGUUAGUUCAAGUUUACCAGGACAUUCAUUUAACCAGAGAGGAACCGCAGAGGACCAGAACAACCAGUCAGCUGAGGAAACCUGCUCUCAUGUUUCACUGAUUUACAAUAAAAGUCAUUCAAGUCAAAUCUGGG